AAUGUUCUGACUUGCUCUAAGAUGAAGGUAUGGAAGUUUGCAGCCAUUGCAUCGAUGCUCCUCAGUUCCGUGUUAUCCAUUUUAGUUUGUAGAGACAUGUUCAACGGAAGCCGGACACACAGCCCCUUGCCUUCCUCGCCGUAUUCCUCACGGGCAUCCUCUUCUUCCUCCUCUUCCUCCUCUUCCUCCUCCUCCUCCUCCUCGCUGCCAGCAGCUCGGCGGAGAUCCCCGCGGGCCCUGCAACGCCGCGGCUCCCUGCUCGCCCAGUACAGCAGCUGGCUGGAGAGCUACACGGAGGGGGAGAUCCGGCAGCUGCUCUCGGCGCUGGUGGAACGUUCCAGGCAGGCCAUGAACUCGGGCGGCCACGAGCUGCCCCUGUUCCCCCGGGCCGGCAGCCGCAGGAAACGCGCCCGCGCCCGCCACAAACCCUGCAGCCUGAAGGAGCUGGAGGUGAGCAUCAGCGAGCUGGGCCUGGGCUACGAGUCGGACGAGACGGUGCUUUUCCGCUACUGCAGCGGCACCUGCGAGGCCUCCGUCCGCAGCUACGACCUGUCGCUGAAGAGCAUGAGGAGCAGGAGGAGGAUCAAGAAGGAGAAGGUGCGGGCUCGGCCCUGCUGCCGGCCGCUGGCCUACGACGACGACGUCUCCUUCCUGGACACCUACAACCGCUACUACACCGUCAACGAGCUGUCGGCCAAGGCGUGCGGCUGCGUGUGAAGGAGCCGGGGGGAGAGGCGGUGAUGUCCCGGCCGUGAGAGCCCCCCGGGCCGCCAGGCAGAGGGACAGAGGUUGCGGCGAGGACACGGGGACGAUGCCGGAGGAGGACAGACCGAGCCCCGGCCACCGCCGCGUCCCGCUCGCCCCGCGGGCUGGUGGAGCUGCGGUCGCUGCUUGAG